UGGCGGGCGCCGCUGGUGCAGAGUGAGUGGGUGCCGUGCUAGGUGGCGGGGCCCGCGCGCUGCGGGAGAUGCUGGGAGGCAGCUCCGGGACCCGGGAGCGCCAGGCGGAGGGCGACGGGGCAGAGGCUGUUCCUGCGCCGCCUGCCAUCGAGUUCCCGGCCGACGGCUCGGACCCCAAGUAUGAUGAAUCCGAUGUUCCAGCGGAACUUCAGGUGUUAAAAGGACCCCUCCAACAGCCGACUUUCCCUUUCGUGGUUGCGAACCAACUGCUGCUUGUCUCCUUGCUCGAGCACUUGAGCCAUGUGCAUGAGCCAGACCCUCUGCGCUCAAGACAGGUGUUUAAAUUGCUUUGUCAGACCUUCAUCAAAAUGGGGCUGCUGUCGUCUUUUACAUGUAGCGAUGAGUUUAGCUCGCUGAGACUCCAUCACAACAGAGCCAUCACCCAUUUGAUGAGGUCCGCCAAAGAGAGAGUUCGUCAGGAUCCUUGUGAGGAUAAUUCUCAUAUCCAGAAGAUCAGAUCAAGGGAAGUAACCUUUGAAACACAGACUUCACGUUAUCUAAAUGAAUUUGAAGAGCUUGCUGUCUUAGGAAAAGGUGGAUACGGAAGAGUGUAUAAGGUCAGGAAUAAAUUAGAUGGUCAGUAUUAUGCAAUUAAGAAAAUCCUGAUUAACGGUGCAACUAAAACAGAUUGUAUGAAGGUGCUGCGGGAAGUGAAGGUCCUGGCCGGCCUUCAGCAUCCUAGCAUCGUGGGCUACCACACUGCUUGGAUAGAACAUGUUCAUGUGGCCCACAAACAAGAUAGAAUAUCCAUUCAGUUGCCAUCUCUGGAAGUGAUCUCCAAUGAAGAGGACCACAGAAAUCAGUCUGUUAACAGUGACGAAAGCAACAGCUCAUCCAUUAUCUUUGCGGAGUUCACGUCAGAGAAAGAAAAGUCCUUAGGAGAAAAUGGCAUUGAAAAUCAGAGUAACAGAUUGGUGAAUUAUGCAACCAGUGUGGUUACAAGAGAUGCCAGUGAAUUGGACUCAUCCGGUUUGCUCCAGGGAAAUGGUUUGGCUGAUUUGCCUUCCACAUCGAUUGUGGAACAUCAGCUGCCACUUAGGCAUCAUUCCGACUUAGAAGAGAAUUUCACAUCCACGGAGGAGUCUUCUGAAAACUUAAGUUUGUUGGGACAGACAGGGGUGGGAGCCAGCCAUGUCGCCCCCCAGGUGCAGUACCACCUGAUGCUGCACAUCCAGAUGCAGCUGUGUGAGCGCUCGCUGUGGGACUGGAUAGUCGAGAGAAACCAGCGGGGCCGGGAGUUCGUGGAUGAGUCUGCCUGUCCUUAUGUUAUGGCCAGUGUUGCAACAAAAAUUUUUCAAGAAUUGGUGGAAGGUGUAUUUUACAUACACAACAUGGGAAUUGUACACCGAGAUCUGAAGCCCAGAAAUAUUUUUCUUCAUGGCGCUGAUCAGCAAGUAAAAAUAGGCGACUUUGGUCUGGCCUGCACGAACAUCAUACAGAAGAACGCAGACUGGAUCGAUAGAGAUGGGAAGAGAAUGCCCAUGCACACUUCCAGAGUGGGUACCUGUCUGUACGCUUCCCCUGAGCAGCUGGAAGGAUCCGAGUAUGAUGCCAAGUCAGACAUGUAUAGUUUGGGUGUGGUCCUGCUGGAGCUCUUUCAGCCGUUUGGAACAGAAAUGGAGCGCGUGCAAGUUCUCACAGGUUUAAGAACCGGUCAGAUACCCGAAUCCCUCAGGAAGAGGUGCCCGGUACAAGCCAAGUAUAUCCAGCACUUAACUAGAAUGAACGCAUCUCAGAGACCGUCUGCGGUUCAGCUGCUGCAGAGCGAACUUUUCCAAAAUUCUGGAAAUGUUAACCUCACUCUACAGAUGAAAAUAGUAGAGCAAGAAAAAGAAAUUGAAGAACUAAAGAAGCAGCUGAGUCUCCUUUCUCAGGACAAAGGGGCUAAGGAUGAAGUGAAGGAUGGGAGUGUGCCCCAUCCUUAAUUAGGCUCUGUAAAUGUGAACUUGGACUUCUAAUUCUUUAGCUUGUCAACUGGAAUGUAAAUUUUCAGGCUUUAUUCAUGUAUGGAUGGUGUCUGUAUUUAGUGAACCUGUACAAGACUUUAAUUAAAGUUGUAAAAGUUCCCCCAGA